AUGCCAGUUUAUGCAAUGUUAGCAAAUKCAGAACUUUUAAAUUCAAYUCAAUGUAGAAAGGAACUGAUUGAAUUUCGAGAAGCCAUUGAUCAGCAGAUAUUAUGGGGUUUAAAAGUAAUCGAUGCCAGUGGCGAGCCAAAAUCAGGAUUCAUUUAUGGAAAUAAUUAUUGGCUGGGUAGUAGAAGCCAAUGCGAAGAAGCAGGAAACAAAAAUCCCUUCCAACUAACGGAAGAGGUAUUACAAAACAAUUCGAGAUUUCGUCCCAUCCAGGAUGAAUUUCCACCGUUCGAAGUGAAAUUCUUCGUUGCUAAUUUUCAACAUAAUAGCACUUUGCAAUACAACCUUUUAAUACCCGAAGAACAAGCAUUGAUAAUACUCGGUUUGUGUUUACCAGCAUCCUGUUCGAAGGAUCAACUUUAUAUUCUUCGCGAAUUAUAUUCAGCUGAUUUUACGUUGUUAGAAGUAAGAGAUCUAAUAGAUGACCAUCGAUGGUUAUUAAGUGGAACAUUCAUUACAAUGACGGUAAUAGUCGUACUCACAUUCCUAUUAAUGAUAAUAGGAACGGCCUACGAUAUCCUGAUAUACCAAAAACGAUUGAAGAAAAAUGACAAUUAUCUUGAAGACCGUAAAAAUGUUAAUUCUCUAGUAAUAGAUGAACUUCAAAAGCUAAACGAUAAUAAUAAGGAUCAAAUGGAAAAAUUAAAAUACUAUAGUUUUUUUGGUAAAAUAUUCAUAGCUUUUUCCGCAUAUUCGAACACGAAAAUAAUAUUUAGUAUUAAAUCUGAAGAUGCUGGUAUUCCGGUUAUACACGGAUUAAGAUUUYUUUCGAUGAUAUGGAUUAUUAUGCUGCAUACAGUAUACUUUUCAAUGGAUUUUAUAGACAAUAAGCCAUUGGUUAUAAGAAAAUUGGACGGUUUUAUUUUUCACGUAAUAUACAAUGGGACUCUGGCAGUAGAUACAUUCUUUUGUUUUGGUGGUUUUCUUGUCUCCUACUUGUAUUUAAAAAAAGUUAUUGGCAAGAAUAUACGUAAACCGCAUAACUAUUUAAAUGUAAUAAAAUUAUAUUUUCUCGCACUUCUAAAAAGGUUUAUUAGAUUAUCACCUACUUUUAUGAUAUUAAUCGGAUUACUACAGUUAAAUGUAACGUGGUACAGUAAAACAUCGCUCUUCUAUAUAACGGAACGUUCACACGAAACUUGUCCGAAAUAUUGGUGGAGAAAUAUCCUUUAUAUUCAUAAUCUUUUUAGUCCACAAGAUAUGUGUAUGAGUUGGAGUUGGUAYUUGGCGAACGAUAUGCAAUACUAUGUCAUAGUAAAUUUGCUGUUAUUUUUAUCUUCAAGAUACUUUAAAGUAGCAGCUUGUUUGUUGGGCUUAUUCUUUGACAGACAAUGGAGUCUUGGAAAAGAGAUUUAUUUUUCACCAUGGGUUAGGAUAGGACCUUACCUUGUGGGUGUGAUCGCUGCGUAUAUUGUUUUGAAAUUAAACCACAAAUUAUUAUGGAAAAAAAAAACAAUAAUACUUUUUUGGAUACUCGGCAGUUUGUGCAAUCUAAUAGUACUCAUUGGAUUAUAUCAGACAAGAAUAUCAGUUUUGGCUGCUGCUUUUUACGUUGCACUCGGUAGAAAUGUAUGGGCAAUUGGUAUAGCAUGGGUAAUAAUAGCAUGUUGUACAAAUAAUGGAGGUAUAGUGAAUCGUAUUCUUUCGUGGAAGAUUUGGAUACCAUUAAGUAGGUUGACUUACGCAGCCUUUCUGUUAAAUCCUUUUCUCUUAAGUUCUGUGAACUUUUUUAAUGAAAGUUCCAUUCACUUUGAUGUUUUAACGAGCAAUGCAGAACCUCUCUCUUACAUCGCUCAACACUCACUGCCCUUUGUCGCUCGUGCAUUCAUUCGUCGCAUUCACAUAGUCCUUUAUUUCGUCCGUUGUAUUAGGUUACUUAAAAUCGAACAAGUGCCUAUCGCCUUAUGCUAA